AAGGCGACCUCGCGCAUCCUGCUGGAGCAGCACGGCGGCCGCGUGCCCGACACGAUGGAUGGGCUGCUCGCACUGCCAGGCGUGGGGCCGAAGAUGGCGCUCAUCCUGCUGCGGGUCGCAUUUGGCAAGGUCGAGGGCAUCUCUGUCGACACGCACGUCCACCGCAUCUGCAAUCAGCUGGGGUGGGCGGGGCCGGGCGGCACGAAGACGCCCGAGCAGACGCGGCGCGCCAUCGAGGCGUGGAUGCCCGCCGACAUCUGGGCGGAGGUGAACCUCGUCCUCGUGGGUCUGGGGCAGGAGGUGCAGACGGAGAAGUCCAAGCUGCUGCGCAAGUGCCUCGCCUGCUCCGACCCGGCAGCGGCGCUGCGGCUCGCCUCGGUGUGCGGCGUCAAGGUCGAGCCCGAGGCGAAGAAGGCGGGGCUCGUGUUGCCGCCCGGCCUCGCCCUCUGA